GCACGCCAGAAGAAGCUGCAGAAGGAAGUGCAGACGGACUCUCAAUCUUAAAAAAGCCUCUUCUGCUGGCGGGGCUGUAGGGGGGCGCUUGUGGCGGAGCGACUGCCACUUGACAUGUUCUGUCGUGGAGGAGAGACCACGUAGACGCACUCCACGCCGGCCAAGAGCACCCUAGGAGCUGGAAAUGGUGUCGAGGUCUCUGGAAGCCACAGAUGCAGCCGUAACGCCAUCCGAGCCAUUCAUUCACAUCGAUGGUCGACUGAGGAAAAUGACCUAUCAUCCUUCGUAAUCGAUCGAGGUAGAUGGCCUUGCAGCCAGUGAAGGGAGAGCCGUGCGUGCCACCGACGCAGGCGCCUGGUUACCAUUUGUGCCGGCGACAGGCGGAAGCGCUUGUAACGUGCAAAGGUGGAGAAAGAGCGGUGACCAGUCAUUGUGCUGUCGAGGCUCCAGCGGGCGGGCACACGCUGAUGCCCAAAGAUCGGCGAGGCCCUUGCGGCCGUACCUCAAAAGACCGGAAGCGGCAGAGGAUCCCGAUCGACCAAGAGGUGAGGAAAUUGUGCGAUCAGCAGCAGAAGAGCAAACGCACGAGCCUUACAGGUGAUGGUCGUCUAGCCAGCCGACUUGCUUGCGACCGCAGCGCCACCUCGCCACCUCGCUCGCUCGCUCGCUCGCUCGCUCACUCCGUCUUGCUAUGCUUGGCUCGUACGCCUUGCGGCUCUUCGCAACGCCGUGGCGACAUUUUCCCUCUGCAAGUAAGGCGCUUGGGAACUUUAUUCUAGGCUCACACGGGCGCACGCCCUCGGCGCAACUCCACAACCGAACUCGCACGACUGCA